AGAAGACCCGGCCGGGGUGGGGGCCUCUCCAUAAAACCUACCCAACCGGCCAUCCCAACGGCCUCCCCCGUCUAAGCUGUCAAUUCGUUUGCUCCCCAUCUCCAACCAGAUCAGCGCGCGCGGCAGAUUGGAUCAAGCUGGCUGCUUGGCUUGGCGGCUUGGCCGACCAUUGUUUAGUGGCCGCUUACCUGACCCGGUGUUGAGUAUUGCUUGCAGCACGGAUUCCGGCGCGGCCGCCCCGGAGGAGCUGCUGAGCUUCUUCUUACUCGCGGCCCUGCCUGUCUGGCUGUCUCUUUCUUUCUUUCUUUCAAGGAAGAGAAGCUGAGGAACAAGUCUGCCUGAAGACAAGCCGAGGAACUUGCUUCCGGGGGCGAGGAGGUGAGGAGAGAGAUCAGGAGGAGCGACUCGGAGAUGGCCGGCGGGUUCGCCGGCGGCGGGGCGGCCUCCGGGAGGGCGGAGCUCUACGAGGGCAGGAUCACCAGCUACUUCAUCCUCGCCUGCGUCGUCGGCUCCUUCGGCGGAUCCCUCUUCGGCUAUGACCUCGGCGUCUCCAGCGGCGUGACCUCCAUGGACGACUUCCUGAAGAAGUUCUUCCCGGACGUGUACCGUCGGAAGCAGGCGCACCUGCACGAGACGGACUACUGCAAGUACGACAACCAGGUGCUGACGCUCUUCACCUCCUCGCUCUACUUCGCCGGCCUCGUCUCCACCUUCGGCGCCUCCUACGUCACCAAGCGCCGCGGCCGGCGCGCCAGCAUCAUGGUCGGCGCCGCCAGCUUCUUCCUCGGCGGCGCCGUCAACGCCGCCGCCGUGAACAUCGCCAUGCUCAUCGUCGGCCGCGUGCUCCUCGGCGUCGGCAUCGGCUUCGGCAACCAGGCCGUCCCGCUCUACCUCUCCGAGAUCGCGCCCUACCGCAUCCGCGGCGCCGUGAACCAGCUCUUCCAGCUCACCACCUGCCUCGGCAUCCUCGUCGCCGACGUCAUCAACUACUUCACCGACCGCCUGCACCCAUGGGGGUGGCGCCUCUCGCUGGGGCUCGCCAUGGGCCCCGCCACCGCCAUCUUCGCCGGCGCGCUCUUCCUGCCGGAGACGCCCAACAGCCUCGUGGAGCGGGGGCACCUGGAGGAGGCCCGCCGCGUGCUGGAGAAGGUGCGCGGCACGCACAAGGUGGACGCCGAGUUCGAGGACCUCAGGGAGGCCAGCGAGGCGGCGCGCGCCGUCACGGGCACGUUCCGGAACCUGCUCGCCACGCGCAACCGGCCGCAGCUCGUCAUCGGCGCGCUCGGGAUCCCAGCGUUCCAGCAGCUGUCGGGCAUGAACUCGAUCCUCUUCUACUCGCCCGUCAUCUUCCAGAGCCUGGGCUUCGGCUCCUCCGCCGCGCUCUACUCCUCCAUCAUCACGGGCUCCAUGCUCGUCGUCGGCGCGCUCAUCUCCAUGGUCACCGUCGACCGCCUCGGGCGCCGAUUCCUCUUCAUCGAGGCCGGCGUCCAGAUGAUUUCCUCCAUGGUGGUUGUGGCCGUGAUCCUGGCGCUCAAGUUCGGGCACGGCGAGGAGCUGAGCAAGGGCGUGAGCACGGUGCUGGUGGUGGCCAUCUGCCUCUUCGUCGUCGCCUACGGCUGGUCCUGGGGCCCACUGGGGUGGCUCGUCCCCAGCGAGCUGUUCCCGCUGGAGAUGCGGUCGGCGGGGCAGAGCGUGGUGGUGUGCGUGAACCUCUUCUGGACGGCGGCCGUGGCGCAGUGCUUCCUCGCCGCGCUGUGCCACCUCCGGUGGGGCGUGUUCGUGCUCUUCGCCUCGCUCAUCGUCGUCAUGUCCAUCUUCGUCAUCCUCCUGCUGCCGGAGACCAAGCAGGUGCCCAUCGAGGAGGUCUGGAUGCUGUUCGACAGGCACUGGUACUGGAAGCGCAUCGUCCGCAAGGACCCCAAGUACCAGGGAAACCUCCACCAGCAGCAGGAGAUGGCGAGAGCUUGACGAUGCAUGAUACUAAGAUUUAAUAAUUAAGGUGCAUGUGGGAUGUUUACUAGAUCGACCCAAGUUGUGAUUAUAUUCUUGAUGCAAAUUAAAGAGGAGCUAGGAUUGGAGAUGCUGCUUAAUUGCCUUUAAUUUGUACUCCAUGGUUUCGUGUUCUUGGAAGUUCAGGCUUGUGGGGCAAAAAGUUGUCCCGGUGUGUAUUUGGUGCCAGGUAGAUGAAUCGUACGUGAUGCUAAAUGUGCUAGGCCUAUUAUGAUGUUAUUACUCAUUGUUCAAUUUGAUUGAAAUCAAAUUUAUAUCUUA